GAGUCAUGGGAAAAAGAAAUCGCGAUAAAAAACAUGACAUGGCAGUGGAGAAUAAUGGUACUGGUGCUAGUACCAGUCAUCAUGGAAGAUCUUGGAACAUUCUUAAUAUUAUGAAGUAUCAUCACUGGCCUCAUAAUGUCAAGAAAAGGCUCACACACAAGAAGAAUAGUGGUGGAAAAAAUCCUGCCUAUAUUACAAUCACAAGCACUCUUUCACAUUGUAGCAGUUGAUGGCCCAGGUAGAGCUGACGAUUUGCAGGACUAUGGGCCCAACUCAAAAUUAUCUAGUGUUGAAGAAAUGCCAGUACAAUCCACUUCACUGGCCAAACACUCUGUUAAAGCCAGACUGAAAGCACUUGUUACGGAUGAGAUAGCCAGAAAGAACAAGUGUCAACAUAAAAGAAGUUCAACCUACCCUGUAAAGCCAAAACCACCAAACCAGCCCAUUCCCAUUCCCAACUUAGAUCAUUCAGAACUUAAUCUUGUCUCUGAAAAUAAUCCCAAAAUGGUUCCACACAUUACUGACAUGUUGGAGGAGGAUCUGCCACUAGCAAGCUCAACAGCCAAUAAAGAGAUCUGUGUAGAAUGUGGGACCAUGUUUUCUAGGGAUUCAAUGGAGGAUGAUAAUAAUAGUAUGGUUCAUAAGCAUCACAAGCCACCAUCAGAAUAUCACAGAGCAUUUAUGAAGGAAACACUGAGCUACGAAGAGAAAGCAAUGCAUGCCAAGUUACUUACAACUGACGUCUCACCUUUUCUCUUCAAGGAUUUCUUGGAUGCUCUUGACAUGAUAAAUUCAAAUAAGGAUUUUUUGUUAAAAUUUUUGCAGCAUCAACGUUCUCCUCUAGGAUGCCACUUUCCUAACCAACAACAGGCAGCAUCAACAGGAAAAUUGAGACUGAAUAAGUCUAUUUCAUUUCCGGUACCUGGUUCAUCAUCAUCCACAAUCAAAGGACAAAACACAGACAAAAAACCAGAUGAAAUGUUCAUAUCAAGAGAUGUGAAAAGUGAUAGUCAAACACAAAUUGCAAUAUCCCAGUUUGAAUCUUCAGAAAAAAGUGACCAGCAGCCUGUGUCAUUGAACUCUUAUUAUGCAUCAGUACCAUCCCAGGUUAGAAAUCCUAGGGCUAUUAAGCGUUUCAAGGAUCUUAGACAGAAGGUAAAACAUGUUCUUGAAGAGAGCAAAAAUGAGAAACGCCGUAUAGCCAUGGAUGCUGUAUAUCACAAAGUUCCUCAUGGAAAUAAACUUCCCAUAGAAUCUAACAAGAUUCCCAGAUGUCCUACAGAUUUUAUUUCAGCAAUUGAAUCUCGCAGCUUUAAAAAGCAUCAAAUAUCUCCAAUGAGGACUUCAUCUUUGAAUGAGUCAGUUUGGACAUAUUCUCAGCUUUAUGAUACUUGUUUUAACAAAGCAGCUAAGUACCCUAGAUCUGAAAGGUUAAAGUUGAAAGUAGAAGAGAAAAAUUCAGUACUAAGGACCCCAAAAUCCUUUCAAAGGUUUCUUUCACUACCUAAUCUUAAAGAUUACUUUUCUCAAAAUGAGGAGCCUUCUUCGAUUUUACCUCCACAGAUUCCUAUUAGAAAAUUUAGAGAGAGAACCACUAGUCCAAGUACUAGUGUGGACAACAUCACAACUCCAGAAAGUGUUUUAAAAGGUGUCCAAAGAGAUAUAGCCACCAGAAGCGAUAUAGGGGUGGUAUCAGAUGAAGAAGACAAGGACUCAAAUCAGAAUGAAAGCAUAGGAAUUGAUGAUUAUUUUGGAAAGUUAAGUGACAGUGAUGUCAAUGAAUCAACUUCUAUGGUGGCUGAAACAAAAUCAAUCUCCUUCUCCGGCUCUAGCUUCCUGGAUGAUUCAAUUAGCUCUGAUGGGAAGCUGUCUUUACCAAAAGAAUCAGAAGUAAAUCCAUGGCCAACAGAUGGGUCUGAUCACCUGACAGAGCAAUUACUAGGGCUUGACAUUGGAGACUAUCAUGAAGUGGUGAGCAGUGAAGAUGAUUUUCAGAAAUUUGUGUUUCAGAACAAGAAGCACUUGAACGUGGGAAUUCCUGACCUCGAAGUAGAUGCAAACAGUGAAGCUGAAUUUACCUAUGUGAAAGGUGUAUUAGAGCUAUCAGGGUUAUCCACAAGUCAUGAAUCACUUGGGACAUGGUUUUCCGAUGAACAACCAGUUGAUCCCACAGUGUAUGAUGAACUAGAAGGUUGCUUACUGUUUGAUCCUGAAAGUUCUAGAAUUGAAGAAGCUGCUGGUGCUAAUCAUUGUAACCAUUUGCUUUUGUUUGAUUUGAUCAAUGAGAUAUUGAUUGAGAUUUUUGAAAGAUCAUACAGUUACUACCCAAAAUCCUUGUCUUCUCUGUCUCAUGUUUACCCAAUACCAGUGGGAGAUCAAGUUCUAAGACAAGUGUGGACACUAGUCAGGUGGUAUCUGAACAUAAAUUCAGAGUUUUAUCCAUCUUUGGAUUACCAUGUGAGCAGGGACUUGGCAAGAAGUGAUGGCUGGAUGAAUCUCCAGUUUGAUUCUGAAUGUGUGGGACUUGAGCUAGAUGACUUGAUUUUUAAUGAUCUUUUGGAGGAGGUCAUCUGCAACUGAAGCUGUGUGUGUGUGUGUGUGAGAGAGAGAGAGAGAGAGAGAGAGAGACCUUUUAAUGACCUUUUGGAGGAGAUCAUCUGCAACCGAGGCUGUGUGUACGUGUGUGUGACCUUUCAUGCCAUAAGGAGAUAGUUUGUGAUGCAUAUCUUAUUUGGAUCUUUUAUGUAAUAAUUUCCUGUAUAUAAAUUGGCCAAAUUACUGAUGGUGACUGGAUCAAGUGAGACUAAAUAGCAUGCAUUAAUUUU